AUGGCAACCAAUGUGGGUGGUGCUCCUGACCAGCCUCAGUCUGAACAUGAGACUGACCAAGUCUCAGAAAAUCAGAAUAAAGAACAGGGAGCAAAAAGGAAGAGGAUGAAAGAGCGCUCUGAAGUUUGGGAGCACUUUAUUAAAGAAUAUUUGGCUUCUGGAAGGCAGGAAAUUUGCAAGUAUUGUGGAAUGAGUUACAAGUGUGGGGCAAAGAAAAACGGCACCAGUGUGUUAUGGGCUCAUAUUUCGCGAUGUCGUAAGUAUCCCUUAAACACCCCUAAAGAUUCAAAACAAAGUUUGCUUUCAUUCAAAAGGGCUAAAGUACCAAGUGGUAGUACUAGUGGGUUGACAUACCACAAAUUUGAUGCUGGUAGUAUUAGAAAAGCUUUGUCAUUUAUGGUGAUUGUUGAUGAACUUCCAUUUAAGUUUGUAGAAGUCAUAAGGGUGAUGAUAUUGGCAAAGAAAUUGAAAAGUGUUUGCUUGAUUGGGGGGGUUGAAAAUAUCAUGUGCAUAACUGCUGACAAUGCUAGCUCAAAUGAUACUGCAAUUGGGUAUUUGAGAAGGAAAAUAAAUGGAUGGAAAACUGGGGUUCUUAAGGGUCGUUUCAUUCACAUGCGUUGUGUUGCGCACAUUGUCAAUUUGGUUGUUUCUGAUGGUUUGAAAAUUGUUAAUGAUUCGGUUCAACGUGUUAGGCAUGCUGUUAGGUUUAUCAACCAAUCUCCUGCUAGGUUGCAAAGGUUUAAAAAAUGUGUCUUAGAUGAAAAAAUCAACACAACAAAGGGAUUGUGCCUUGAUGUGCCUACUAGGUGGAACUCCACCUAUUUGAUGUUGAAUGCUGCUAUUGAACUUGAGGAUGCUUUUGAGAGGUAUUCUGAGGAAGACCCCCACUAUGUAGUUGAUUUGAAUGAGAGGGAUGGUAAGGGUAGCCCUGAUUCUGAUGAUUGUAAAAUAAUGUGA